GAAGCAGUCACCACUCACCGAGGGAGAAUAACAAAUCUACAGUAAGAGAGAAAAAAUGAGACUAUUCGAUCCAUGGCCGGUGUUCUUCAAGAGGGAGUGGAAGCGUUGCUGGCCUUUCCUCACCGGUUUCGCCGUCACCGGCGUCCUAAUCACCAAGUUAAGUGCUGGUUUCACUGAGGAAGAUGCCAAGAACUCCAAAUUCGUCCAGCAACACAGAAGGUGAUUUGCAGACUCAAAAUGUAGAAGUUGAGAAUCUCGAAGGGUUGAUGAUGCUUCUGCUUUCCAACAAUACUUUCAAUAACUUGAAUUCCUUGCUGUUUUUUUUUUGUUGAAACAAUAAUCUGAAUUUUUUGUACACUGGAUUCAGUUCUUUAUCUCAAACUUGGCAAUGCAAAUUUAGUUUUGUUCAUUGUAUAUCACCUUCCCGUGCUUUUGGAAUUGAUUAAAGAGCACAUUUCAACAACAUUGUCUCCCCCAAAUGAAGUUUAAUCAUAUGUUC